GCCCACUUCACCUCCUCUCAGACCCUGGAGCAGCGGCUCCUCUCCUCUCCUCUCUCCCGGUCACUGCACCUCUCUUGUCCGCCAACUCCUCCACAGCCUCCGGUGAAACUAACUCCAGUCAUGUCGCUGUUCAGCGAGGUUCCUCAAGCGGCCCCCGUGGCUGUGUUCAAGCUGACGCAGGAUUUCAACAACGACCAGUGUCCGGACAAGGUGAACCUGGGAGUGGGAGCCUACAGGACAGAUGAGUGCAAGCCAUGGGUUUUACCAGUGGUGAAAAAAGUGGAAAACCUCAUUGUGCAGGAUGCAACGCUAAACCACGAGUACCUCCCCAUUUUGGGCCUUCCUGAGUUCAGAUCUGCUGCCUCCAAGAUUGCACUGGGAGACGACAGCCCUGCCAUCCAGGAGAACAGGGUGGGAGCUGUCCAGUGUCUGGGCGGCACAGGUGCUCUGAAGAUGGGUGCUGAGUUUCUCAGGCGUUUCCACAACGGAAGCAACAACACCAAAACACCCGUCUAUGUGUCCGCACCUACCUGGGAAAAUCAUAAUGCUGUAUUUGCCAAUGCUGGCUUUGAGGACGUUCGUCCAUACAAGUACUGGGAUGCAGAGAAGAGGGGCCUAGAUUUGGCUGGUUUCCUUGGUGACUUAGAGAGUUGUCCACAACAGUCUAUCUUUGUCCUGCACGCCUGUGCACAUAAUCCAACUGGCACAGACCCCACACAGGAGCAAUGGAUGCAGAUCGCUGAAGUUAUGAUGAGGAGGAAGCUGUUUGUGUUCUUUGACUCAGCUUAUCAGGGAUUCGCCUCAGGCAGCCUGGAGAAAGAUGCCUGGGCGAUUCGCUACUUUGUCUCCAUGGGCUUUGAAAUGUUCUGCGCUCAGUCUUUCUCCAAGAACUUUGGCCUCUACAAUGAGCGUGUGGGUAACCUGACCAUCGUGGCCCAUGAUGCAGACAACCUGAAGCGAGUUCUGUCCCAGAUGGAGAAGAUCGUCAGGACCACGUGGUCCAACCCCCCGUCUCAGGGAGCACGCAUUGUUGCUGUCACAUUAAACUCACCUGAGCUCUUCACUGAAUGGAAGGGCAAUGUGAAGACCAUGGCUGACAGGGUCUUGUUGAUGAGGGCUCAGCUGAAAGCUAAGCUCCAGGCUUUGGGGACACCAGGGACGUGGGACCACAUCACAGAGCAGAUUGGCAUGUUCAGCUUCACUGGCCUCAACACCAAACAAGUGGAAUAUAUGGUGAAGGAGAAACAUGUCUACUUAAUGGCCAGCGGUCGCAUCAACAUGUGUGGUUUGACCAGCAAGAACAUCAACUACGUGGCCGAGUCCAUCCACGAGGCCGUCACCAAGGUCCAGUAGAAGACUACAUUACCCACAUUUCCAAGCACUUUGUCCAGAGCCGUCCUCAUGCCAGGGACUGUGCUUGUAUCCAGUAGACUUCCUGGAGCAAACAUCUCAUUUGCACAAAUAUACAGACAGCUCAUUGUCUCCGUGUCCCUCUUCUCUUCAGUGUUUGUGCUAAGCUAGACUAAACACACCCAGGACCUACGUCUCUGCUGAAAACAGAGAAGGUGGUUUAAAUAUUGAUCCUCUCAUCUAAUUAUUCCUUUUAAUGAUUAUGUUCAUUACUAGGACAAGAGCGUUACAUCUGUGACUGUGUUACGAUUAUCUUAGUGCUGACUCUCCUGUCUAAAAAUGUUGAAUGUCAUACUAUUCAUUCAUCCAUUCCAAGUGUUAACCACACAUUUCCAAUUAGCUUGCAGGAAUAGCCUGCAUAAGUAACAAUAUAACAGCUAUUAGCUGUUAGCAUGACCAAACUGACCCAAUGGAGCUGUGAUAAGGAAGCGUUUACCACCUCUGUCAUGAAUGAAGUAGCUGUAUUAUGUUUAUUGCUCGAUGAAAUGUGAAUAAGAGCUGCUCAGGAAGAUAUUUUAAACUUGAAAUUUAAUAAUGAUACUGUCCUCCACUAAUUUCCUCACUUCUAAUCAUUAUUAAUGCAGUGUUUGUAUUCUGUGGCACUGAACUGCCCUGAAAGUCAUCUCAGUGUUUUUUUGCUGCCGGUUGAACGUUGAGUUGUUAGUUUGCACAGUGAUCGUCUGAACUAUUAUGUAAGACUCGAGUCAAUUGCACAAACACACUCAUGAUCAACCAGUUUGCUAUUGUACGCUGUGCAGUUCUCAGUACACAAUCUGCAGCAGUCAGACUGUUUAGAAAGUGACCAGAAUCUGAAAAUGUCCACUUCAGAAGUUCAAAUGACAUUUUAACUAUUCUAAUAAAAACUAUUAAUAGUG